AUGACACAAACUUUGGAAUCGUUUAUCAACAAAGUAAUUUCGGUGAUUACUGGUGAUGGACGAAAUAUAGUCGGCUUAAUGAAAGGUUUCGAUCAAACCAUCAAUCUGGUACUAGAAGAUUCCCAUGAACGUGUUUUUAGUGAAGAUGCGGGUGUUGAGCAAAUUCCACUUGGUUUAUAUAUUGUCAGGGGCGAUAAUGUAGCAGUUAUUGGUGAAUUGGAUGAAGAUCUCGAUAAACGUUUAGAUUUCAGCAAAAUGAAAGCACCACCACUGGGUCCAGUAUGGGUGCAUAUGUAG